CAAACGUAUACAAAUAUGCACCGUGCUGCUGGUUAGUUAGUGCUGUGCAUGUAAUAUUUUGCACAAAGGUUCCGCAAAUUGCAAAAAUUGAACAUCACCUGUUUUAUUAAGCAGUGUAGUUAAAAAUUGCAAUUUUUCACCUUCCAGUAAUUUAUUCCGGUGAAGAAAAAUUACAAUUUAGAUAAAAUAUGCCCACACCCACAGAGCAGAAUUUCUUCCUCACUGCAUUCAAAAUCCUAGAUAAACACCAAGGAACACAGUGGCUGAGAAAGUACAAUGAAUUAUUGCAAUAUAGUCCGAACGGUCGCAUCAACUGGACUGAAAUUCCAGGUUUAUUAAUUUCCGGAGGUCCAAUAGGUUACACUGGUGCAAUUAAGCGAAUUUGUGAAUUGCUCAUCGCCACGAAACAGCAAAGCCCUCGAGACACGCGAUUAAAAGGACAAUAUAACACGCUCGUACGUCUCGCGAAGGAGGUGUACCAGUCGAGACGAAGUCAUCAGGGGGACGUCCAGCGUCAGAAGGGUCUCUUCACCUACAUCCUCUUCAAAUUGUCAAUUUGCACUUGUAUUCAGGACGACGACACUUUGAAACAUGUCGCCGCUAAGAAAGUCUGGAAAGAUGCGUGGCUUAUGCUUUUAGAGGAAAUGUGAUCAAGAGGAUUUCAUUGGGACGAGAAGAACACGAGUAUUAAUUAAUUGUAUACUAACGGAACAUUAUUGAUUAUUUGAUAGUUUAUGCACAAAACUAAUGUAUAUGAAUAAAAGUAAAGCACCUCAAUUUAAAA